AAAGAACAGAGAAAUUACGACAAUUCAACCCCAUGAAGGAGGGCUUGACUUGAUCUUGUUUCAUCUUCAUCCUAAUUCCUAACCAGCUCACUUACCCCCAAAUUGUAAACUGAAAAACUCCCUUAGUCGCAUCGUACCUAAUCUUCUUCCACUUAUAUCAUCUCUUUCUCUCUCCUCAUUUAACCUUCAAUUUUAUCACCUCUCACUGUCUCUCUUCAUCAUCAUCACAACUUCUAGAUCUCACCUCAUUUCAUCAUAUCUAUCAUUUUGAACAAAUCCCUAAUUUUAUUUUUUCUCUCCACAUAUUUCUUCUUCCCAAGUAACAGAGGAGAUAGAAAGUGAAUUCUUCCAAGAAUUUGUUUUUGGGGUUGAACUUCCAAGAUAAUUAAUUAGUGUACAGCUGAAAUUGGUUAAUUCUGGUGAAUGAAGGUGCAAAUUUUGUGGGGAUUUCAUGAUUGAUUUAUCUGGGUGGAGUGUAGUUCAUGGGUUGAAUGAACUACAAGUGAUAGAUGGGUAGUUUAAGUGAAGAAGAUGAACAAUUUUUUGAUUCAAAGGAUUCUAUUACCCCUGUAUCUGAUUCUGGAUCCGAAGGCGUAGAGAAUUAUGAUUCAGAUUCAAGGUUGGCUGAAGAUGUGGUUCACAAUUUUGGGUAUGAGGUAUGGAUUCAGAGCCCUGGAAUUAUUAGCGAGCGCCGCCGGAAGCUGUUGAAAUUGAUGGGUUUAGCUCCAAAUCAAGUGGUAGAGGAAGGGGAUGGUGAUAGUUCUAGCAGGUUUGAAGGGGAGGUUGUGGAUAGAGCUAGAAUUCUGGAAAACAGUGGGACGGUUUUGAGGUCGAGUUUCAGGGAUGUGCGUUCAGAGAGUCAGUCUUCUCUAUCGUGUUGCUCGAAUGAUACACAAGACUCUUUGGAUGUGGCACUGGAGGAGAAUCUGGUUCGUAGGAUCAGGAAUUUGGACGAUGGAUCGGAGUUCAUUGUGGAUGAAGUAGGGCAGGAUGGGUUAUUCAGAAAAAUUAGAGAAUUGAGGUCUAAUCGAUCGCUCAGGUGGGAGGAGUUUGAGAAGACGUUGGGUCUAUCUCCGCUGGUUCAGAGAGCUAUGAGAAGAGAUGCUGCAUUGGCACCCAAUAGUCAUACAGAAGGGAUAAGGAAAGCAAAGAGAGGAUGGUUGAGGAAAUUAGGUGUAGUGGCAUGUGUUGCUGAUACACAAUCAGGGAUUAAUCGUGUAGAAAGUGAUGGUUCUUUUCCAAAAUUAAGACGUAGGGCUCACAGUGUUAGGGUUCGAACUUACAGGAAAAGGUCCAAGGAAUUCUCGGCGCUUUAUAUGGGGCAAGAGAUCACUGGACAUGAGGGUGCAAUUCUAACAAUGAAGUUCAGUCCUGAUAACCAGCUUCUCGCAAGUGCUGGUGAAGAUGGAACUGUUCGGGUAUGGCAGGUGAUUGAGUCUGAAAAAUCAGAAAUAGUUCAUCUUCCUGAUGUUGAUGCUUCACAUGUCUAUUUUACAAUUAAUCAAUUUGGGGAAUUAGCGCCGAUUAAUGUGAAUAAAGAGAAAAGGGGGAAACUGAGGAGUUUGAGAAAAUCAUCUGAAUCUGGCUGUGUUAUCUUCCCUCGGAAAGUAUUUCAACUAGCAGAGAAGCCGCUUCAUGAGUUCCAUGGUCACUGUGGUGAAGUUUUGGAUCUUUCAUGGUCAAAUAACAAGUGUCUUCUCUCAUCUUCUGCUGAUAAAACUGUCCGUUUGUGGAGAGUGGGAUUUGAUGAGUGCCAGAAAAUCUUUUCACACAAUGAUUUCGUUACGUGCAUUCAAUUUAAUCCCGUUGAUGACAAUUACUUCAUCAGUGGUUCUGUAGAUGGUAAAUUUCGUAUUUGGAGCAUUCCUAGUUGUAAAGUUGUUGAUUGGACAGACAUCAAAGAAAUAGUUACAGCUCUUUGUUAUCAGCCGGAUGGAAAGGGUGCUAUUGUUGGCUCAAUAUCUGGUGACUGCUAUUUCUUUGAUACUUCAGAUAAUAGGUUGCAAAUGACUGAUCGAACAUCACUACAUGGUAAGAAGAAGGCACCCGUAAGAAGAAUAACUGGCUUUCAGUUCUCCCCUGUUGACCCCAGCAAGCUCAUGGUAACUACCGCUGAUUCACAGAUCCGAAUACUCAGAGGGGUUGAUGUUAUCUGUAAAUAUAAAGGUCUCCGAAAUGCAGGAAGCCAGAUAUCUGCGACGUUCACAUCAGAUGGAGAGCAUAUUGUCUCAGCGAGUGAGGACUCGUUUGUUUAUGUAUGGGACUGCACUAACUCAGACCGAGCAGUUUCCUCCCACUUGAGAAGUAAGCACUCUUCUGAGCGGUUCUUCUCGCACAAUGCUUGUGUUGCUGUCCCUUGGCAUGGAACCACGUGUGGAAAUAUUUCAUCGAAUCUGUCGGGUUCAUCAACAAAACAUUCAGGAGUAAUGGUGAGAUACACAACUGAAACGGGACCCGAACAUCGACCCUCAGUUGACAGAACAUCGUUAUUCUCAACAGAUACCAUUUCAUUGGGCUUCUCUGACCCGUUUUCCAGAGGGGUUGCAACUUGGCCCGAGGAGAAGCUAAUAGGCUCAAAUUCUUUGAUCGUUUCAUCUGCAACAUGUAAAUCGGAGUACAAGCUAUUGAAAACGACGUGCCAGAAUAUGGCGGGUUCUCCUCAGGCAUGGGGUUUAGUCAUUGUAACCGCGGGUUGGGAUGGUCGGAUCAGGGUAUUCCAGAACUAUGGUUUACCGGUCCGCUUGUAAAUGCACAGGAGCUCUCGGUCAGUGUAUGCAUCAGAAAUGAAUAUAAGAAUUUGUGGUUACAUUGUAUAAAUGUAAAGGUAAAAUUUUCUCCCACACGCAAUAAAUAUACACUUAUUAGUUGAUUUUUUUUACUGGAAAAAGAGAAAAAAAAUGAGAAAAAGAAAAUUGGGUCUAUAAUUUCUAGUUUUUAGGAAGAGUUUUGAGGCCCUGAAAAAGUCAAUGCUUUUUUGGCUGAUUUUGUGAAAGUGGAGGCUUCCUUCCACAUUUAAUUAUUGAAUAGUAAAUCUUGGAUUGUGAUUUGUGAGGAACAAAUUGUACAACGAUGUGAUUGACUCAUUACAGUUGACUUAUAUAUUUGUGUAUGUCCAUUAUAUCAUACUUUAUAUUAUUUGCACCAAAUUGUAGUGGUGUGGUGGUA